AUGGGGCGCCAAAAGCAUCGCUACUAUGAACCCACGGUGAGAUCCCGUGGCUCCCAAUAUCUGGAUUGGAAUGUUUUUGUGUCGGAGCCGGACAUACCUCGAUUAAGAAGAAGAACCGGAAGCUGGUGGUACACGCCGGAACGUAUAUCCGUGAAGCAUCCGCACGAAUACAUAACGGUAGAUGAGCUAAAUUGUUACCGGAAGCGGCAGUUCUCGCAAGCCCACGCCAGACAUCUUGGAAGUAAUUUCUCACUGUACAACAAAUCGGAACCAUCGCUACCAACGGCCGUGGACGCUCAGCAAACAGAGUACGCCGAUAGAUUCCAGCAUCAGCAACGGGAGGUCUGCAAUCGUGCAGUUCCACUUAAACGUAGCACCUCGCUACAUAUUGUUCCGGGUACGAUGAAGGGACUGUCGGAGAACCACUCAAAGUUUGUCAGCUAUUCGCAGGACACGAUCGUGAAAUCACGACCACCUCCAAUAAGGCCCGAGGAGAGCUUCAAACUGCCCAAUGGUGGAGCCCGGGGAACCGGGCUCGCUAACGCGUCUUCCGAGUAUAAAUCGUCGUUUUUACCAUACGACUUACUGCCAGAAGGCAUGGACCACAGGUACCGCAAUCGCAGCAAGCGCGGCGAGAAAAGCAAGCAAGAAGACCUGAGUGCCUCGGACUCCAAGUUGCAUAAUAAGGAGCAGCUGACCCGCAGCAAUCUAAGACUGACCGGUGAGGCCACAUUCGAACCGGAGUACAAAAGCCAGUUUGGACUUCCGCUUACGGUUGAUAAGUCACGAUCGACGCCACAACUUAACAACAUUUCGUUCACUGGCAACUUCCGGGAGGCACCGUCUGAGUACAAGGAAUGCUACAAGUACUACGACCACUUCACCAAGAGCGCCCCGAUACGCAAAUUCGACAACCUCAGUCUGCAUGGCACGAUCGAGUUUCGACCGGAGUACAAAGAAAGUUACAGGGAGCUACCGACUGGAGGUGCCAGCGAUCAAUGGCGAUCACAGUGUGUCGUGCAGAAGGACAAUCUGGCGCUUAAGGGCGAAUUUCUUGGUCGUGAACCCGAAUAUAGCUACAGCUUUCGAAAUCCGCAUAUUAAGAACAAACCGGAAAAAGCCAAACCCAAAGACAAUUUUCUAGCAAUGCAGGGUGACAUGGAUUACACCCCAAUGUAUCGCUGCUCUUACAUCGACUAUCCGCGCUCGAGACCCCUGGUGAAGAAACCAGUUUGUAGCAUCAACUUGGAGGACGUAUACGAGAAACCUCCACAACGGCGAUUGAAUCGCCGCACACCAUCCCCGAUCAGAUAUAACAUUCACGCUGCGAGCACCGAAGGUUCAAAGCCAGAUGUGCUGGAAAAUUUCGUCGCUCAGCCUGAGUACCGGAAGGCGCAAAGAGAAUUGAUGAUAAAGAAACGAUCCCCACCGAAAGAAAGGGGAAGUCUGUUAGCUCAAAAAAUACUGCAAGAUAGUAAGCUGUCCACCGAUCCGAAUCAGCCACUUCCCGUAGUGCAUGUGGAGACGGUGACCGGACAUACUAACACCACAACCACCAACAACGACGGUAAUACAACAAGCACAUCGGAUACUCCUGCUGCUGGUGGUAGCACAGUAGUAAAGGACACCAAACAGACCGGACGAACUGGCAGUCCGGUGCAUUUGCCUGUACGGAUAGCAAAGCAUGGCCGACGAGCCAAAUCACCUAUCAUUGCCAUACAACGUGAAAACGAACCGAUCAUCUUCUACAAAGAUCUGCACCGGAAAGGUGAUCACACUGUGCGUAAUCGCACGAGAAUUAUAGAAGCGAAUCCGACGUACCGCAAAACGACUUUUCAACCCACGACGAAACCAUUUAAGAAACAUGAAAAACUGAAAACAGGAACGCAAUCAUUCGUCGUACUGAACGCACCCGCGAAGCACCGUUCUACACGAUGGGCGGAACCGGCAACCAUCUAUGAUUCACAUUUCUAUUGAACAAGCGUCCAUCGCUGAUAAUAUCAACGUCUGAUUGUAUCCACACUA